GAAAAUACAGUGACUAUCAAAUCUACUCUUGUAUCACGUCUAUGGUACUAUUGAUUUUUCUAUUAAACGCGCAAGUGUAAUUCGAAUUGCAAGAAUUUCUAUGAAUAGAAAUCGAUAAAAUAUUAUGAUUAAUUUUAAUAGAAUUAUGAAAGUAAGGAGAAUAUUAUAGCAUCUGACAUAAGAGCUGUUUCAGAAUGUUAAUUGAACAUGAGAGUACAUUUGUGUUUAGACGGUCACACUUAGGUUAUAAAUACCACGUAGGGUGUAUAUAAAUUGUUGUAUAUUUAAAUAUUGUAAAACACAGAAAAGGCGUUAAAAUGGAAUUUCUGAUCAAAAGGAUUCCGAAUGUAUUACUUACGACUGGGAUACCUAAGAAUUCAAAAUUUCUACGAUUUGCAUUUGUGAAUUACUUUCAUAAUGGUCGUGUUCUAUAUGACAAAGAUGACACCAAACUUCCUAUGCACCUGUUUACUGGGAAUGAAAAGAAGAAAAGUGCAUAUUUAGAUGUAAUACAUAGGUAUACGAAUGAACCCGCUUUGAGAAAAAAACAAGUAGAAUUCAUUUUAUACGCUAUGAAAUUUAUGGAUGAGUAUGGUGUAAAUAAAGAUAUUGAAGUGUACAAAGCGCUAUUGAAUGUAUUUCCCAAAGGUGAAUAUGUAACAACAAGCAGAUAUCAAAUUCUGCAUUAUCCAAAACAACAAGACACAGCUUUAAGGUUAUUAUCAAAAAUGGAAGAGAAUAGAGUAAUGCCCGAUUAUGAGAUGCAAGAAUUGAUCAUAAACAUCUUUGGCAUAAGAAGUUGGCCUGCAAGAAAGUAUGCAGCAUUAGCAUAUUGGAUGGCAAAAUUUCAUCAAUUAAAUCCUUGGCCAAUUCCAGAUCCUCCACCUACCGAUCAUAAAGUGCUUGGACAGUAUGCUUUGAAAAAAAUGGCUAGUAUGGAUGUGUUAAGCAAAAUUACAGAGUACAAAACAACAGAUGUACCUGGGGCUACUGAGGAUACAUGGAUUUUAUCUACAAUGAGUAGAACACAAGAGGAACUUCUUGCUGUACAACCUACCGAUCAGUCUUUAUUUGUUGAAGGACCUUUUAACAUUUGGAUUGGAAAUUCCUAUUUACAUUACUUUGUAUUGAAGGGAGAUCCAAUUAAACGGGAAAUUAUAUAUGAUUCUGCGGAUGAUGUAUCUAACUUGCAAAUUCCCUUUUGGGAGAAACUGCAUAAUAAAAUUCCUGUUACUGAUCAUGAACAAGACGAUGGUGUAUAUUAUGCAAUGUGUAUUACAGGCACAUCCUCUAAAGAUUCUUUAUUAUCAUGGAUAAGAUGUUUGCAAAUAAAAAAUCCAGUCCUACACAAGAUACCAAUAACAUUUAAAAUAAAAUCAGAAACAAGUACAGAACAUCCACAAAUAGAAGCAGAAAGUGAUGAAAUAAAAGCACUAAAUGCAUAAAUAUUGACAAAUAAAAAUUAGUUUAUGAGAAUAAAUUCUAAUUUAUAUUAACUUAUUUCACCUAAGUUAGACCAUUCUAAAUUAUUUAAUACCAUAUUUUUUAUAGUUGUGUACAAUUAAAGUAUAUUGGAAUCUUGCUCAAUCUAAAAUA